CGUGCUCUGACCAGCUGUCCGAGCUGCAAUUGCCCGCCCAGAUACUUUAGAUACUCAACCUCUCCGAGCUAUCCCUCAACUCAUCCACACCGAUGGUUUCCCAAUAGCAGCAUUUUCGUCUCUCGUUCCUUUUCCACAUACCUUCUCGAAUCUCCCCAGAAUCAAGCGGCCCAUCGAUGGCGGAUACCUGCUCCGCCGAGAGCGCCAGCACUUGCUCGACUCAACACAGCUUCCCUUUCAUGGAUAGCAAAUUCCUCUCCCAUGUCGCCCUCCCGAUUUUAUGUCUCACUCCGUUAGCGCAUAUCCUCUUCUUUCCUCUGCUCUGGCGAGCAUUGGGGUCUCUCCUUGGCUGGUACCUGCGCAAAAAGACGGACGGACGGCGAUGCCACAUUCUCGAGCUUGUUGAGGCGGAUGAAAAAGCUUACCAGGAAGAGAGGAGGAAAGGCGGCAGCAGCAAGGAUGGCACAGAGAACGGCGGAUUGGAGAAGAUCGACGCCUCAAGUUUCCUAACGGCGAGGAACGGGGCUCUGGGCGACGACAGUUGGGACGGCAUUGUGGGCUUCUUCCACCCGUUUUGUAAUGCUGGCGGCGGCGGAGAGAGGGUUCUCUGGGCAGCCGUCCGGGCCACCCAGCAACGCUGGCCAAAGGCUAAGUGCGUCGUGUACACCGGCGACCACGGCGUCACCAAGGAUGCGAUGUUAGCCAGGGUGAAGAACCGCUUCAACAUCCACCUCCAUCCGCCGACCGUUAACUUUCUCUAUCUCUCGACCCGCCACUGGGUGCUCGCCUCCACCUGGCCACGCUUCACCCUCGCCGGCCAGUCCCUCGGCUCGCUCAUCCUCGCUUGGGACGCCUUCUCCCUACUCGUCCCGGACAUCUUCGUCGACACAAUGGGCUACGCCUUCGCGCUGGGCCUGUCCAAGUUCCUGUUCCGCGACGUGCCCACGGGCGCCUACGUGCACUACCCAACCAUCUCGACCGACAUGCUAGAAUCGCUCGACCCUGCCUCCGCCGUUGGCGCGCUAGGCGUCAACGCAGGCAAGGGCGUGGGCCUGCGCGGCAGCGUCAAGAAGCUGUACUGGCGGCUGUUCGCCAGCGCCUACUCGCGCGUGGGCGCGUCGGCCGACGUGGUCAUGACCAACUCGAGCUGGACGCAGGGCCACAUCCAGAAGCUCUGGGGCCCGCUGCGCCGAAAGAAAAAGAUGACGGCUGCGACUGCCCAUCCCAUCGCCGUCGUCUACCCACCCGUGGCCGUCCGCGAGCUCGAGCAGGAAGUCGACGUGUCUCCCGCGAGCGAGGCCAGGCGGGAGAAGAUGCUCCUGUACAUCGCGCAGUUCCGCCCGGAGAAGAACCACCAGCUCAUCCUGCAGGCCUUCGCCGAAUUCCUCAAAUCGGGCAGCGAAGCGGCACGCGACGCGAGGCUGGUGCUGGUGGGUAGCGUACGGGACGACCACGAUUCCAAGCGGGUGUACCAGCUCCGCCUGCUCGUGAACGAGCUGCAUAUCCGGGACAGGGUCGAGUUCCACCUGGACGCGUCGUGGCCCGAGAUCCUGGACUGGCUGCGCCGCGCGUCGGUCGGGGUCAACGGCAUGUGGAACGAGCAUUUCGGUAUCGGGGUGGUCGAGUACCAGGCUGCGGGCCUGGUGGCGGUCGUGCAUGAUAGCGGCGGGCCGAAGAUGGAUAUCGUGGUUGAUGUGGAGGGGGAGCCGACUGGCUUCCACGCGACUACGUCAACGGAGUUUGCGCAGGGCUUCGAGAAGGCCCUGAGCCUGCCGAAUCCACAUGCCGUUCGCCAGCGGGCGAGGCAGUCGGCCAAGCGGUUUACCGAGGAGGAGUUUGCUAGGCGAUGGACGGAGGAAAUGGAGAAGUUGGUGGCGGCGAGGAUAGGGAAGAAGUUGGCGUGAUGUGGAUGCCCUUUUCCCCUUACUUUCCUCUUCGUCUUUCCUUACUCAUCGUUUCCCUCUAGUAGAUACAUGGAUACCCCUUUCCUUCAUGCAUCUUGGGGCAUAGCAGGUGUUAGGGUACCUCAUCGGUUUAGUAUAGUCUUUCCAAGGAAUCCUUAGUAUAGUCACUCUACAGUUGCCCACCGCUUUUCUGAACACGGGCUUCUCUAUAGUUGAAACACCACCAAAUAGUUAGGGGUCUACUCAUCAACGCGGUUCAAGAUCGCCACGCCUUCCACAUGCCCCGUCUGCGGGAAGAAAUCAAACCCCCUGAUACUCUCAAUCGCAUACCUGACAUUCUUCUUCUUCUCCCCCCCUUCCUCUCCUCCCUCCUUGCCCUCCUCCCCGAACCCCUC